AUGAAGCAGAUUAACGUUGAAACGGCGACGAGGGAGCAGCUUGUCGACUUUAUUCGCUGCAUGCACACACAACUGCAGCGCGAGCAAGAACGAGUGCGCGAGUUGGAGUCUCAAGUUAGUGGCCUUCAGUCCUUCAUCCAGGAAAAGAACGCCGAGAUUCGUGAGCUUCGCCAGCAGAGCGACAGGCUGACAGAGAAGUCUGCAAGCGACGAGGAAACCAUCAGUACUCUAAUCAAACAGAUGGAGGGAAUGGGCUCUGGGGAGUCGCCUUUGGUCAGUGUAGUACCACUCAGUGCCACCACUGGUGUCCAGCGCGGCAGAACGGCCGAGCGUGGCAAGGGAAAAUGGUACCCCUCUGCCGAUGCGGCAGGUGGCGAGUACAAGCCUGAGACACACCGACCGCUUGACACGGUGGGUAAAGGCGACGUAGGUCGCCGAGCCUCUCGUACACCGCCCCCUGUCAAGGUUAAUGCGGAGAGUGCUCUGGAACAGCUGAAGUCGCAAAACGCCGCCGCCACCGCCACCAUUGCCACGAAAAUGGAGGAGGUAUUUGCCCUGGAAAAGAAGGUGCGAGAGCUGACAGAGGUGAAUGCGUUCUACUCCGCCAUUGUCUCUCAGCACGACCAAGAGGAAAAGGUCCGCAUGAGUCAAGCACUGGGAUGUUACAGUGGGCACUCCGAUGAUGACGUAGCUGGUCUUCGUCAGGAGGUUGAACGGUUGCAGCUUCGCAUCUCCUCCAUGGCCGACCGGGGCGAAAAGCUGCAGCGGAUCAUCAAGGCGGUAGAGUGUGACAAGGUUGCGCUGAGUGAGGAGAAUGAGGCUCUUAAAAGGGAGUUAGUGCUGCUGGAGGCAGAGAUGGAGGAGAUGACACGUGAGUACGCACGGGCUCGAAAGUCGCUCGUAGCGGCUGCGACGACAGCUGCACAGCCAUCUUCCUCGCUGGAGCGGGGGCUCACGUUCGCAGAGAUAGCGCCACAAGUACGCGCCGCCUCUGCGCCCCAACAAGGCCUCAUGCGAGAGCCGCCGUCCAGAGGAACAGCUGUGACUGUCGACCCCUACUUGCAGAAUCCCGAUCGCUGUGUUUCCUACCUCUCAUCCAGCCCCGCUCCCUGUGUGUCGCCACUUGCGCGCGACGAAAGACAGAGUGUGAUUGGUGGGGUAGCCACUUCUGCACAAACAGGAUCUACCAUGCCAACAAAGCAGUCACACUCGCGCUUCACCUUCCGAUCGCUUCGCCCGAUGCGCGUGCGCAGCCCGGACGCGCACGAAAGGGAGCUGCUAGACCGAAUACACUUUUACGAGGAUCAGUUUGCCCAGAUGGAGGCGUUUGAGGCAGAUCGGCAGCGCAGUUUUGAUGAAAUGGAGCGGAACCGAGCAGAGCUCUUCGUUUCAAUGAACAGUCAGCUUGAAAAGCAGCGAAAAGAGAUCUACAGACUGCGCAAACUGCACGAGGAGACAUCUAUCAAGUCCUCCGCUACGGCACGUCCAUCACACAACCACUCUCUUGCGUCCUUGCCAAGCAGAGAAGAGGAAGGGGAGAGAGGCAGCUCGCACCGCCGUGGGCCAUCCCCUGUAGAACGCUCUCUCACGGCAGUGCCGACAAGUUUGCAGUCACUGCACUUCGACUCUCUCGACAACUUAGACGCUGCUGACAACGCUACUGCGGCGUGGGUCAACGAGCGAGAGAGUGCCCUCUCAUGUAGUCGUCAUAGGCGGCAGGUCUCCUCAGAGGCUUUAUCAACUUCUUUUGGCCUCCUCGAUGAGCUUAUGUGGCGUGAAAAACACGCACGCUCGCGUAUCUGUACAGAGGCUGUUGAGGAAGAGCUGCAGCUCUUUGCUGGCAUGCACAUUGGCACGGUCCGCCUCUUUGCCGGGGCGCUGGAAGCGCGUGAAGCUCAUCUUCUUUGUGAGACGGCUGAUCUGAGGAAAGAUGUGGGCGCGCUGCAGGCGCGCGUCGUCGACCUCGAAGCACAGCUGGCCAUCGCCAGAGAGGCGGAGAAAGUGCUCUUAGGGGGCGCGACGGACUCGGAGGCCAUAGGGAUGACAGGGGUUUCAGACCCAGACUCACCCGAAACGAAUUUAUUAUAUGUUGCCACAUCACUCUCGGAAAAAAAAACGUUAUACACGGCCUUUAUGGCGCUGGAAGCAUACGGCACCGUUCUGGAGUACCAUAGGGAGCUUAUCAAGAUCUGUCGAUUGAGCAGUUCUGGGGCCGUGGAGGUGGUGGAGCUAGGAGAAGACUGCAUGCAUGCUGAGAUUGCACGGGAUCUGGAAGAGGUACAGAUGGUGCUGGACUCAGUUCGGUGCCUGUCACAGCUACAGCCGUCGUUGUCCCAUGCAGCAACGCCUCAUCUCUACGACACGUCAUCUGCGUCAAGAAUUGUGGGUGAGCUUCUCACGGCUUGCGAAACCGACACAGGCACCUGUGACGAGGAGGCAGACGUAGCGGCGGCUAGCAGCAGGGAUCAGUCAUCUUCGCACCUGGCUCCACCGCAAACCUUUUCCCAACCUACGCAAACGCAGAUCGCGUCGCUGUCGUCUCAUACGGAUGUUGCGGACAGAGAAGAGGAGAUCAUACACGGCGUGGCUGGGAUUGCGGGAGAAUUGCACGCUAUUUCUUAUGUGCCUCCUGAUAUCUUUUCGCAGGAGCAGGCGGCUGCUGUGGUUACCAAAGCCUCUGGUGACGACGCAGUUCCACUGCCUCUGAGCAUCGCAGAAGCCGUCACUGAUAUAUCACCGUUUCAGGACUCUCUUGAGGAGGAGCAUUCCCACAUCUCUGCUGCGACGAGCGGCGAUGGGAGCGCGAGAACUGCUGACUCGGGGAAUGUUUCCCCAAUGUCCCACAAGACGAUUGCUGCCUCUUUCAACGAUGGCUACUUGCCACCGGGGAAAAAGAAGCUGGAGGCGGAGCGGGAGGCCAUUUCGAGCACUGGUGUGACCGCAUCAGUAGCAGAACCUCGUCAGGUUGAGUCGUCAGUUGCCGAGAGUGCGGACCUCCAUAAGGAAGAUGAUGCUCGAGAGGAAUACCAGGCCUCAGAUGGUGCCGAGGAUGAGAGCUCAGAGGCACACGACGACGGUACUCUGAGCUCCACUUCGCAAUUGGAGGUCACAGAGGGAGAGGAGGCGGAGUUCCUGGCACAGCUGGAGAAAGAGAUGGCGAAGGGUGGGUUGGAAAUAGUAACGGAGCACAGAGAAGAUGAGGGUGGGAUAGUGGCUUCCCCAGGUGACCUUGACAUCGAUAAUGGGGGCGGAGAGGAACGCGAGGCGGGGUGCGGAGAGGGCCAGCCUGCAGACAGUGAGGUCGCUAGAGCAGAGGCUUCAUCAGAGGCCCGUGCUCCUCCCUCUUGUGGCGCUGAUGGAGAGCAGCAAAGCCGCCGAGGUGACACCUCUCAGGAAAAGGAAGGGCUGGAUCCUGUCGUCCUCGAAGAUGAGUUCAACGAAGCCGAGUUGCCAAUGGAGUCACCUGACGAACGGUCUGGCAAAUCUACUGCAGCUUCUUCGCUGUCGCCUAACAGUGACAAUGUGUCAGAGGAGCGGUCUUCUACAUCUCCCACGAGCACUACCUCGUCGUCCUUGGUAACCGGUACGUCGACCUCCGGGGAAGGCGUCCAUUUUGAGUCUGCUGUUGUGCGCGAUCACCUUGCACCACAGAUCUCUGUUCCUGUGGCCGAACCGCCAUUACUGCCACCCCUUCCGUCAAUAUCUUUAGACUCUCUUUUUGGCGUAUCUGGAGGCAAGGCCCCUUCUGCCUCCGCAGAGCGCAACGACGGCCGCCAGUCAUUCCCUGCUUCAUCCGCACUGUCGCCGCCUCUUCCGCUCUCCGACCCCAAAGUCUCACCCAGAUUUGACACUCUCUGCACUGCGAUGACGCCGACACCACCUCCACAUAGUAUGUUAGCGCCUUGUCUGCAACAGACUCCUUCACGACCGUACUUCUCGUCGUUCCCCUCCGAAGAACAGCACUUGCAGACAUCAGGUGGGUUCGAGGGGCCCAACUCGCAUGAUUCCUCAUCUGGCGAUGACUUCGAGGCGGAAUUCGAUCCAUUUGCGUAA